UACGAGAGGAGCUGAUGUGAGAGCGGCCGGAGCAGCAGCAGCGUGUUUCUGCUGGAUGCAGUCAGUCACUGUUGAGACUCACAGGUUUCAGCUGGCGAUCAGCGAACUAGAGUUGAACCACUUAUAAAACGGGCAAGGUUAGAUUGAGGGAGUUAACAAGCAUCGGACUUUUUUUUCUGGGAGUUUUAUUUAGAAGCGAAGAAAGAUUCCACAGCGAUCAGUUUGGACUUGAGAAAGUGAAAGAAGUCCCGCUCUUGAAGACACCAGUGGAAUAUGAUUUGAAUGAAGGGAACUUAAAACACUGUUGCUCGCUAACAGGAUGAAUCUCCGCUCGCUUCAUGUCGUCAUGCUGCUGUGGGCCUUGUGCCCCAGUGUGCAGUUCCAGUGUGAUAAAUCACCCGAGACCAACAAACUGAACCUCUCUGUCAACUACGAGCUUCCAACGUUCACUGCAGACUUCCCGAUCCAGAACAUGGUGACCCUUGAUGGGAUCAUCUACGUCGGAGCUGUAAACCGAAUCUACGCCCUGUCUCCGAACCUCACAAAGCUGUCAGAGUACCACACGGGGCCACUCCUUGCCAACGAGACCUGCGGCCAAAAACUCUUCAGCGCAAGCAGCGGCGGCAGGGUGGACAACCACAACAUUGCUUUGGUGGUGGAGAACAUUUACGACAAGGGGUUGUACAGCUGCGGCUCGGCAGACAAUGGUGUUUGCCGCCGCCACGUCCUGGAUGACGACACUAGUCCGAAAACCGUGGACGAACAGGUCUACUGCUUUGCUGACAGGGUGAGGCAACACAUGGGUCAACCCAGAGACUCAGAUGUUGUGGUCAGCUCUUCCGGCUCUCAGGUGCUCAAUGUGGAAAGCAACGUCAUCAAGUUUUUUGUUGGGAACUCCGAGAUCCCAGGCAUAGGAAACAUAUCGGGCAGUGCGACACAUCCUCAUACCAUUUCCCUGCGGAAGAUGAAGACGAGCCAGAACGGCUUCACUUUCUUCUCCAAUCGCUCGUACAUGGACUUAAUUCCGUCUCUACGUGGAAACUACUACCUGAAAUACAUUUACUCUUUCCACAGCGGACCUUUCACUUACUUCCUCACAGUGCAGCGGGUGAGCAUGGACUCCCAGGCCUAUCACACCCGCAUAGUCCGUAUGUGCUCCUCGGACCUUGUGAUCCGCCGUUACGUGGAGAUGCCUCUAGAAUGCAUCAGCACCGAUAAAAGGCGACGCCGCUCCGUGGACGAUGUGAAGGUAUUCAACAUCCUCCAGGCUGCCCACGUCACUAAAGUGGGCAACGACGUUGAGCUGCAGAAGCAGCUGAAAGUGGAGGAAGGUGAUGACGUCCUGUUCGCCGCCUUUGCCUGGGGGAAACCGAACUCUCCGGAGCCGACCCCUAAGUCAGCCGUCUGCGCCAUAUCCCUGAAACACAUCAACAAAAUGUUUAGGACAUACAUGCAGAAGUGCAACACAGUAGACCCGUAUCACUUCACUGGAUCAGAGAAGAAGUCCUGCUACAAUGUGAGUUCAUCGGACGACUGCGACCCACAUGAGGGAAUCCAUGAGGGGAAAGAGGGCAAGUACCGCCUGCAGGUGACCCAGUUUGUCCAAAGGCUGGAGUAUUGGCACAAAGAGCUGACCAACACCUUGGUUACCUCUAUCACUGUGAUGCCCGUCCAUGGCCGUACAGUGGCAUACCUGGGCACCGCCGACGGACGCCACAUACAGGUGCUGUUCUCUCGAUUUACCUCUCCUCACGUCAACAUCCGCCUGGACUCGAGACCCGUCUCCGCCAGCGUAGCCCUGCUGGACGCUGACGGCUCAAAUGGAACCCUGCUAAUGGCCACGGGGAAUAAGAUCACUAUGGUCCCUCUGAUUGGCCCCGGCUGUGCUCAGCUGACCACCUGUACUUCCUGUUUGUUGUCAGCACGGGUGACAGAAUGUGGCUGGUGUGAUGGACGCUGCACCAGAGCUAACCAGUGUCCCUCCUCCUCCCUCUGGACUCAGGACUACUGCACACCCGUCAUCACUAAGAUUUUUCCGACCUCUGGACCGAUACGAGGCUCUACAGCCGUGACGAUGUGCGGCAGCAACUUCGGCUUCGACAAGACGGAGAGCUUCAAGGCUUCUCUGGUAACAGUGGAGGUGGCAGGAGCUCCCUGCAAACUCUCCAGACAAGACAACAUCAACAGUUGGACUGAGAUGCAGUGUUCCCCGGUGUUCAGUGGGAACUUCACCCCAUCAGGACACACAGUGAAGGUCACCAGCGGCCAUAAGGUAGCCACAAUGGAAGGCUUCACCUUCGUGGACCCUGUGAUCCACGAAAUCUUCCCGACAUUCGGGCCAAAGUCCGGAAACACCAUGCUGACCAUCAGGGGCGCCUUCCUGGAUACCGGGAACCAGCGAGAGGUGACAGUAGGGAAAGUAGCCUGUAAUAUCCAGAGCUCGACGUCCACCAUGCUUACCUGUAAGACGCCUCCACACGCAGUUCCCUCCAAGCUACCCGUGAAGCUGACGGUGGAUUCAGUGGAGCGCCACGCGCCUGAGCAGUUCACCUACAACCAGGACCCCAUCAUCAACAGCAUCCAGCCCUCACGCUCCUUCGUCAGCGGAGGCUGCACGGUGUCUGCUCACGGCUUCUUCCUCCAGUCCGGCCUCCAGCCCCAAAUGGUCCUCACCACCGGUCAGGAAGCUGAGGUCUUCCAUGUUAGCUGUGUGUACGGUGAGAACCGAACGUCCAUCCAGUGCACCACGCCCUCUCUGGCCAAACUGGCUCUGCAGCCGCCCGUGGUCACCAAGGUGGCCUUUGUCCUGGACGGCUACUCCACAGAUCAGUGGGACCUGAUCUACGUGGAGGACCCCCACUUCCAAGACCCCAAGCUCACAUCCAAGGACAACAAGAGCAUAGUGGAACUCAAGGGGGACCACAUGGACCGAGAGGCGAUGAAGUGUCAGGUUCUGACUGUGUCCAACCACAGCUGUGAGACUCUGACUCUGGUGGGAAACACUCUGGAGUGCACCGUCCCCACCGAGCUGCAGGCCGCCACCGCCAAGGGGCUGCAGGUGGAGUGGCGCCAGGCGGACUCCAUCAGGCAUCUGGGCAAGGUGACGCUGGCACAGGAGCAGGACUACACCGGCCUGAUCGUGGGCUGCGUGUGUGUCAGCCUGCUGCUGCUGCUGCUGGGAUCGCUGCUCAUGUGGAGGAGGAACAAACACAUAGACGAUCAGGGCACAGACAGGCCCGAGACUUGUCGCGGGGCUCCUCCAAUCUAUGGGGGCAACGGGGAGCUGCUCUCUCCCAGACUGGGGACACUGGGAGGUGGGAUGGGGAUAGGUCUGGGAAUGGAGGGCGAGCUGGUGUCCCCCCUACUGAUGGCCCCGGUCCACAUCGACCCGUCCUGCCUCCACCCAGACCUGCUGACUGAGGUGCAGCAUGUGGUGAUCGCCCGGGAGCAGCUGCUGCUCCACCUCAACCAAGUCAUCGGCAGAGGUCACUUCGGCUGUGUUUUUCAUGGAACUCUGCUUGAGCUAGACGGGCAGAAGCAGCACUGUGCCGUCAAGUCCCUGAACCGCAUCACAGAUCUGGAGGAGGUGUCCCAGUUCCUGAAGGAAGGGAUCAUCAUGAAGGACUUCAGCCACCCGAACGUUCUCUCUCUGCUGGGGAUCUGCCUGCCGCCAGAGGGCUCGCCGCUGGUGGUUCUGCCCUACAUGAAGCACGGCGACCUGCGCAACUUCAUCCGCGAUGAAGGACAUAACCCAACAGUGAAGGACCUGAUGGGCUUCGGGCUGCAGGUGGCCAGAGGGAUGGAGUAUCUGGCCAGCAAGAAGUUUGUCCACAGAGACCUAGCUGCCAGGAACUGCAUGCUGGAUGAGAGCUACACGGUGAAGGUGGCCGACUUUGGACUGGCUAGAGACGUUUAUGAUAAAGAAUAUUACAGCGUCCACAACAAGAGUGGAGUCAAGCUGCCCGUCAAGUGGAUGGCUCUGGAGAGUCUGCAGACACACAAGUUCACACCCAAGUCAGACGUGUGGUCAUUUGGCGUGUUGCUAUGGGAACUGAUGACCCGUGGAGCCCCACCAUAUUCGGAUGUGAACUCCUUCGACAUCACCGUGUUCCUCCUGCAGGGGAGGAGGCUGCUGCAGCCCGAGUUCUGCCCUGACGCCCUCUACACGCUGAUGAUCGAGUGCUGGCAUCCGAAGCCCGAGCGGCGGCCCUCCUUCCACGAGCUGGUGUCCCGCAUCUCCACCAUCUUCUCCAGCUUCAGCGGGGAGCACUACGUCCUGCUCAACACCACCUACGUCAACAUCGAGAAGAUGAGCCCUUACCCCUCGCUCCUCGCCUACUCCACCGACACCACCGCCACCACCGUCGCUUCCUCCUUUUCGUCUUCCUCGUCCGACCCCUCCACCUCCACGUCCCUGCCAACCAUGUCCCCCCUCUUUUGCCACGUGGAGCGAGACUGCUGCACCUGAGAGAGAGAGAGAUAGAGAGAGAGAGAGAGAGAGAGAGAGAGAGAGAAAAUGGAACGAAGGUGGAAAAAGACUCAGAAAUUGAGACACAAAAAGGAGCAAGGAAGUAAGCAGUGAGGCGAUGAAGAAUAUAUGUAUAUACUGUAUGCACUUGCCAAACACUGGACGCUGUAUGGUGAGGGGGGGGGGGACAAAACAGUUUUGAGAGCUUUGACUGUUCACUCAAUGUACAUAGAUCGUCUGACCUUUGACCCUUUCAAAGCCUCGCCAGACAACAGGGUUCUCCAUGAACUAUGGGGCUGACCUUAUGGACUAAACUGGGCUUGUAUCGACCCCCCGAGGAGCAGGAGCUCACCCGUCCUGCGUCCUCUACAUGACAAUUACAACACAGGAACUCCUCCUCAAAGAGUCCCAGCGGACAAAGCCACUGUCAAGCAAGCACAACGCCAUUCAUCAAACAACCCAAACUAAAUCGGGUUGACUGCUGUACCCACACAGGGAGAGGAUAGAUUUUCUGCGUCUGCUCCUCUCUGGGUGGCAUGUGCUCCGAUACGCGGAUGUGGCUCAGACCUUUUUUCGCUCUCUGUAAUGUGAAUGUUUGACAAAUGGCCAUGUAUUGUGUCACAUAGAAAAUGUCACACCUCCAGCGCCCGCGCUCAAGAGAGAACGCCGGCUGCUUUGAUAGAUUGUGGCGCCUGGGGUUAAGUAAACCGAGGCGCUGUGGAGGUCGAUGACGGUUGGAAGGUAACAGGGGAACAUCAGUGUAGGUGUAAGGUGGGAUGUAAGAAAGAAAAACCCCUGCUGCCUGCGUGCAGUUCACUGGAUGCUUUUAUUUGUGUAAUUACAUUUGGACAAUUAGCUUUUGAUGUGUUUGGGGG